UCCCCGGCCUCGGCCCCGCUCCGUCCCCGCUGCGCGCCCCCGCCGAGCGGCGCGCACCAUGCCGCGGGUGCCCGCGACUCUCUACGCCUGUCUGCUCGGGCUCUGCGCGCUCGUGCCGCGCCUCGCAGGGCUCAACAUAUGCACUAGCGGAAGUGCCGCCUCGUGUGAAGAAUGUCUGUCAAUUCACCCCGAAUGUGCUUGGUGCUCCAAAGAGUACUUUGGCAAUCCACGGUCCGUCACCUCUCGGUGUGACUUGAAAGCAAACCUCAUCCGAAAUGGCUGUGGAGGUGAGAUCGAGAGUCCAGCCAGCAGCACCCACGUCCUUCGGAGCCUACCCCUCAGCAGCAAGGGCUCCAGUGCCACGGGCUCUGACGUCAUCCAGAUGACGCCACAGGAGGUUGCCGUGAGCCUCCGGCCAGGUGACCAGACUACCUUCCAGCUUCAGGUGCGCCAGGUGGAGGACUAUCCCGUAGACCUGUACUACCUGAUGGACCUUUCCCUCUCCAUGAAGGAUGACUUGGACAACAUCCGGAGCCUGGGCACCAAGCUUGCUGAGGAAAUGAGGAAGCUUACUAGUAACUUCCGGUUGGGUUUCGGGUCUUUUGUCGACAAGGACAUCUCUCCUUUCUCCUACACGGCACCGAGAUACCAGACCAACCCGUGUAUCGGUUACAAGUUAUUCCCAAACUGCGUCCCCUCCUUCGGGUUCCGCCAUCUGCUGCCUCUCACGGACAGAGUCGACAGUUUCAACGAGGAAGUGAGGAAGCAGAGGGUGUCCCGGAACCGGGAUGCUCCCGAAGGGGGCUUCGAUGCUGUCCUCCAGGCCGCUGUCUGCAAGGAGAAGAUCGGUUGGCGAAAAGAUGCAUUACACUUGCUGGUGUUCACGACGGAUGACGUGCCCCACAUCGCGCUGGAUGGAAAACUAGGCGGCCUGGUUCAACCACACGAUGGCCAGUGUCACCUGAACGAAGCCAAUGAAUACACGGCAUCCAACCAGAUGGACUAUCCGUCGCUUGCCUUGCUUGGGGAGAAGCUGGCGGAGAACAACAUUAACCUCAUCUUUGCGGUGACGAAGAACCACUACAUGCUCUACAAGAAUUUUACAGCCCUGAUACCUGGCACCACUGUGGAGAUUCUGCAUGGAGACUCCAAAAAUAUUAUCCAACUGAUUAUCAAUGCGUACAGCAGCAUCCGGUCUAAAGUGGAGCUGUCAGUCUGGGAUCAGCCGGAAGACCUUAAUCUCUUCUUCACCGCGACCUGCCAGGAUGGUAUAUCCUACCCUGGUCAGAGGAAGUGCGAGGGUCUGAAGAUCGGGGACACGGCGUCCUUUGAAGUGUCCGUGGAGGCCCGGAGCUGCCCCGGCAGACACACGGCACAAGCUUUCACCCUGCGGCCCGUGGGCUUCCGGGACAGUCUGCAGGUGGAGGUCACCUACAACUGCACCUGUGGCUGCAGCGUGGGGCUGGAGCCCAGCAGUGCCAGAUGCAGUGGGAACGGAACGUACGUCUGUGGGCUGUGCGAAUGUGACCCCAGUUACCUGGGCACCAGAUGCGAGUGCCAGGAGGGGGAGAACCAGAGCGGGUACCAGAACCUGUGCCGAGAGGCAGAAGGCAAGCCCCUGUGCAGUGGCCGAGGGGAGUGCAGCUGCAACCAGUGCUCCUGCUUUGAGAGUGAGUUCGGGAGGAUCUACGGGCCCUUCUGCGAGUGUGACAGCUUUUCCUGCGCCAGGAACAAGGGCGUCCUGUGCUCAGGCCAUGGCGAGUGUCACUGUGGAGAAUGCAAGUGCCACGCAGGUUACAUUGGGGACAAUUGUAACUGCUCAACAGACAUCAGCGCAUGCCGGGCCAAGGAUGGGCAGAUCUGCAGUGACCGUGGCCGCUGCGUCUGUGGGCAGUGCCAGUGUACAGAGCCUGGAGCCUUUGGGGAGACAUGUGAGAAGUGCCCGACCUGCCCAGAUGCUUGCAGCUCCAAGAGAGACUGUGUGGAGUGCUUGCUACUUCACUUGGGGAAACCUGACAACCAGACCUGCCACCAUCAGUGCAAAGACGAGGUGAUCACGUGGGUCGACGCCAUCGUCAAAGAUGACCAGGAGGCUGUGCUUUGCUUCUACAAAACGGCUAAGGACUGCGUCAUGAUGUUCAGCUACACAGAACUGCCCAAUGGGAGGUCCAACCUGACGGUCCUCAGGGAGCCAGAAUGUGGAAGCGCCCCUAAUGCCAUGACCAUCCUGCUGGCUGUGGUUGGCAGCAUCCUUCUGAUCGGAAUGGCACUCCUGGCCAUCUGGAAGCUGCUCGUCACCAUCCAUGACCGCCGAGAGUUUGCCAAGUUCCAGAGCCUCAAACCCACUGUACAGAAAGCCCAUCUCCACACACACCGUCGACUUCGCCUUCAACAAGUUCAACAAAUCCUACAACGGCUCGGUGGACUGAAGGAGGUCGGUGGCUCCUUCGGGGUGGCUGGAGCAGGACCGAGGACAAAGACUGAGGUGUCUUGGAUUGCUUUCCACUUGCUCGCACUAGCUAAGGAAGCAGCGAGAUGCCCUCCACUGAGCCUUAGGGGGCCUGCUACCCACACGGGAGGUAGCUGGCCAUGAGCCCUGGCUGCAGGCCAGAGGCACUUGGAGAAGCAAGAAGACUCUGGUAUUCUCAGCUCCCUGCUGCCUCCAGCUUGCUGUCUCCAUGAACUGCUGAAGGCUGGCCUGCCCCUCGUUUCCCCACCCGGUCAGACGCCAUGGUAUAUGUGGAAGAGUCUGCGUGUACAAAGCAAGGGCGCAGUCUGGCUUUUUCGGGUUGGUGGUUUUUUUUUUCUAUGAAAUAAAAAGGUCACGCAUUUAUGGUGUAGAGCUGAUGACUAGCCCCCUGAGGACUGCCUGGCGUCUGUGGGUGUUGGUGGUGGAACUGGGGAGGCGCCGGUUGAAGGUAUACAGCUUGCAAAUGUUAGCUUUCCCGUCCUGUCCAUGUUUGUUUGGUACUUUUGAAAUGAAAAGGGGAGAUUUGUCUGGGAUUGGAAGUAAAGAUUGAAUCCAAGCAA